GCUUCCCGCCGUGCGGCCCCAUGACGUAAUCACGCUGCUCCUGACCGUCGAAUGCGGGAGGGGCAGAAAAGAAGCCGUCAUUUUGUUUGUUUGUUUGCAGAGGGGGGAGACGGCCUUCUUCCUUGAUAGCUGCCGACUAUGAAGUGUUCAAAAAGACCCGAUGAUUUGGAUGAAGAAAAGAAUGCAAGUAGUCAAAAGCGCAGAAGAAGGUCUUACAGCAGUGCAGGAGGUUACAGACACCAUAAAUUGCAUAGAACUGCUGACAGUAACUCCUUGGAUAAGAGAUCCAUGCAUGAGAAAGACCGUAACAAUCGGAGAUACGUUGAGGAAUAUAGAAAUGACUGCUCUGAUGUAGCUGACUACAGGAGCCAUCACAGAGAUUAUGAAAAGAGCCAUGGACAUCGUCAUAGCAAGUCAUCUGGUCGAAGCAGGAGAAGUAGUCAUAAACGAAAGCAUAAGAAACAUCAUCACUCUCAUUCGAAGAGCCACCGAAGGAAAAGAUCCAGAAGUAUAGAGGAGGAGGAGGGUCACCUGAUCUAUCAAAGAGGAGACGUACUAAGAGCAAGAUAUGAAAUUAUUUCUACUUUAGGUGAAGGUGCUUUUGGGAAAGUAGUGGAAUGCAUUGAUCAUCACAUGAGAGAGAUGCACGUUGCAGUAAAAAUUGUGAAAAGUGUUGGUAGAUAUCGAGAAGCUGCUCGUUCUGAAAUCCAGGUACUAGAGCAUUUAAAUGCCUUGGAUCCUGACAGCACAUACCGCUGUGUACAGAUGUUGGAAUGGUUUGAUCACCAUGGUCAUGUUUGCAUUGUGUUUGAGCUACUGGGACUCAGUACUUAUGAUUUUAUUAAAGAAAAUAGCUUUUUGCCCUUUCGUAUUGAACUUAUUAGGAAGAUGGCUUAUCAGAUUUGCCAGUCUAUAAACUUUUUGCAUCACAAUAAGUUGACUCAUACUGAUCUGAAACCUGAAAAUAUUUUAUUUGUAGAGUCUGAUUAUGUAGUAAAAUACAACGGUAAAAUGAAGCAGGAUGAACGUACACUGAAAAACACAGAUAUUAAAGUUGUAGAUUUUGGAAGUGCUACAUAUGAUAAUGAACAUCACAGUACUUUGGUGUCAACAAGACACUACAGAGCACCUGAAGUUAUAUUAGCACUAGGAUGGUCCCAGCCCUGUGAUGUCUGGAGCAUAGGAUGCAUUCUGAUUGAAUAUUACAUUGGUUUCACAGUGUUUCAGACACAUGAUAGUAAGGAACACCUGGCAAUGAUGGAGAGGAUACUGGGGCCUUUGCCAGUGCACAUGAUUAAGAAAUCAAGGAAGCGAUACUUUGAUCAUGACCAAUUGGACUGGGAUGAGCAUAGUUCUUCAGGUCACUAUGUUAAAAGACACUGUAAACCAUUAAAGGAAUUCAUGCAUUGCCACGAUGAAGAUCAUGAGAAUCUUUUUGAUCUCAUUCAGAAGAUGCUGGAAUAUGAUCCAGCCAACCGAAUUACUCUAGAUGAAGCCUUAGAACAUCCUUUCUUUGAUGCCCUAAAAAAUACACUCUGUUGAUGCUUCAGCGAGAUGAUGCAGACUCUGUCAGCCAGCAGCUAGCAUGAGAUUUUCAUAUGUGCUUGAGACUUUGUAGAUUUAUUUUGUACAGUUGAUUCUGUAAAUAUAUCUGUUUUGUAUUUAUGCCAUGUCUGUUGAACAGUUAUGGCCUUGAUCAUGGAUUGUUGUAAAUAUUAAAAUCAUUUUUAUAAGUGA